CACAUGCUCACAGAGGUUUGCCAUACGCGACACAGUACAACAGAAGUGCGCUAAGGCCCACUUGCCUUUGCGUUCAAGCGCGUCCACGAUACAAGUGCACUAUUAACACAUCCACUGGUGCCUGCGUUUGAAGUCCAACCAGCUAUACCCAAUAGGGCAGUAGGUCUACUCGCGUUUAUCAGACACCACGACGACCGAGGUUUCACCACAACGACCGAGUAUAUCUACACCACACCGACCGAGGAUUGACCACCCUCACCUCGAAACAUUCAGCCGGGGAAUCGGACCCGUUUCACGGUCCAGCGAUGGUACUCUCAGCGCUGAGGUCAACCUUUCGGAGUUUAGCCCGAACCAAGACCUUAAACCACGGGGAGUUGGUGACCACCGAGCUGUCGAGAUGUCUGGGGAUUGCGGACCUGACUGCCAUCGGGGUGGGAGGCACCCUCGGGGCCGGUAUCUACGUCUUGGCUGGGCAGGUUGCGAGGGAGGAGGCGGGUCCGGCUAUCGUUCUAUCUUUCCUCAUCGCAGCCAUCGUCUCUAUGUUGUCAGGGUUGUGUUAUGCUGAGUUCGGGGCCCGCGUCCCCAAAGCAGGCUCCGCCUACAUCUACUCUUACGUCACCGUGGGUGAGUUCCUCGCCUUCGUGAUUGGUUGGAGCAUGAUAAUGGACAACAUCAUCGCCGCGGCAACCGUUGGCAAGGCGUGGUCUCAAUACCUAGACUCCAUCGUGAACCAGACUAUCAGCACAGCUAUCAAAUCCCGGGUGCAGUUUGACUCGCCAUGGUUCGGGGAUUACCCGGACAUCCUGGCCUUCGGGUUGCUGAUCGUUCUCACGAUUAUCGUGGCACUCGGGGCCAAGAUGUCUACCGUGGUUAUGAUGGCUUUGACGGGGGUUAAUAUGCUGGUGAUAGUCUUCGUCAUCGUGGCUGGGUCGUUCUACGUUGACGGGGAGAACUGGACGACGAAUGGCGGCUUCUUUCCAUAUGGAACAUCCGGGGUAUUUGCGGGUGCCGCCACCUGUUUCUACGCGUAUGUUGGUUUCGAUGCAAUCGCAACGUCUGGAGAGGAGGCUAAGAACCCAAGCCGUGCCAUACCUAUCGCCAUAGCUCUCACCCUAUUCAUCUGCAUGGUAUGCUACAUGAGCGUCUCUGCAGUCUUGACCCUUAUGAUCCCGUAUGACCAACUCUCUCCAUACGCACCAUUGGCUGAAGUCUUCCAAUCUAGAGGGUUACCUGCCGGGCGGUAUAUCGUGGCGGUUGGGUCACUGCUCGGACUCUCAUCCGCCAUGUUGGGCUCCAUCUUCCCUCUGCCUAGGAUCAUCUACGCCAUGGCUAAAGACGGGCUGCUCUUCAAGUUCUUAGCACGUGUCAACAGCAAAACAGAUGUACCAGUCACGGCUGCUGUCAUGUCUGGUGUCCUGACUGCGAUCAUGGCGUUGAUAUUCAAUCUGGAGCAGCUAGUCGAGAUGAUGUCCAUAGGCACCUUGCUAUCUUACAGUCUGGUUGCGGCUAGCGUGUUGCUUCUACGGUACCACCCGGAUGACGUUGGUCUGAGCAAAGACCAAGUGAAGGAGCUGGCUCGACAGUCGGGAAAUAAGGAUGACUCGGAAGAAGCUAUAUCCCUGGUCGAAAAGUCCGCCGGGAAGUACAUGAAAUACACGGAUGCGGCUUCACCCGGUGAUGCCGUCGAUGACACCGUGGGUAGUAAACCCGACGAACCGUCCAGUAGGUCGGGCUACGGACUCCUCCAGAACGACGGCACCGAUCAGAAAACCGACAGCAAGAAGACGUCACCAACGUUAAAGACUUACAUGGUGGUGUCAAUAUCGUUCACCAUUUUCGUAGUUUUGAUCAUUAGUCUAAGUUGUCUCCUAGCCUUUGGUAUGGAUGAUAUCUCACGGAUUGAAUGGUGGGCCAUUGUUCUUCUGUGCCUCUUCGUUGCUGCUUUAGUCUGCCUCGCCGUUAUCAUAGAAACACAACCUCAAAAUCAGAUGGAGCUUUACUUCAAGGCGCCCGCUGUUCCGUUUCUUCCGCUUCUAGCUCUGCUCUGUAAUACUUACUUGAUGAUGAAGCUCUCGGCAGCGACGUGGGCUCGGCUCGUCAUCUGGCUCGCAGUGGGGUUGGCCAUUUACUUUGCAUACGGUAUACGACACAGUGUUGAAACUCUAAGAAAGCGAGCCGAAGAGCCCUCAACGACAAUGUCGGAAGAUGUGACCGGUGAUGGCGCCCUUGACGAUUCACAGGAUGUUGCUGAGGAUACUAAAGACCAAUAAAGAAUUCGGAUUAUCGGUGCAAAUAAAAAUAUGUAGACCUUUCUAUCAGCUUUUUGAGAUAAAAAAAAAAUAAUAAUAGUGUCAUAGACCUGUGUCCGUGAAUCUCAAAUGGCUGCUGAGCCCAAGUUUUUGCCAACCGAGGUUGGACUGAAAACUAUGGAAAGCCAUACUGCAAAACAACAACAAACUGUUUCAUAGUGUUGAAUUUGUUGGAAACAAAACACUCUUCAUGGAGGUAUUAUUAAAUUGAACGUUUGCAGGCAAUUUGGAAUUUGGUCAGAACAUCUGUUAACACGAUCGACUGAAUGUUUUGCCAACAUUCGGCCGUCUAUUUAUGUCAACCAGCAGAUUUAGUUCAGCAACAAAUAGCCUUGACAGUAGAGCAAGUCUCCAUUAGUUUAUGUGAAAUAUUACGGAUGAAUUAAUGUCUUAACAAUGUGUUGUUGCACUAUAACAAUGGUGUAUUGUAUUGUACUGAGAUUUAACAUGAAUAAAAGAAAUGUACACAUGAAAGUACUUAAUUGUAAUGCUUAUCUUAAAACAACCUAUUUAAAUGUUGAGUCCAAUCGGCUACAAAUCGGACCAAGCAUUGCCCGAUGUUCCGACUGUUCUAAGUUUUUUGUGCACUUCCGUCCAGUCAAAUUUUACACGUAGACUUGUUUGGUCUAAACGUUUAUUUUUGGUGGUAACACUUUUCGUUUGGUACGCUCUGCUUACGGGAGCCAGUAUCAACUGUGCUUAUCAUUUUUAGCGUGUUGUCAUAACAAAAAGUGUCACGUUGUACUUAGUUUAUGUGAAAAUACUGCUUGUUUUUUUAAAUACUAUUUUAAAUUAAUGUUAAUUAAUUUGAAUAUUGAAAUGAGAAUGAUUAGAUUAUUCGAAGCAUGAUAGCAUUGUACAGUAUGUAUAUAAAAAUAGUAAUCCAUAUUGUUGU